AUGCCUCUCACCGGUCACUGUCUCUGCAACGCGGUCACAUACUCCGCCGAUGUGGACCAGCCUCUUAUCACCGCCUAUGACCACUGCGAUGACUGUCAGCGCCAGACCGGCUCCACCUAUUCCCUGGUCACUGUCGUACCCAAGGCCAAGCUGACCAUCAAGGGCCCCGUCAAGACAUGGUCCGGCAAGGGCAGCUCCGGAAAAGCCGUCCACCGCCUCUUCUGCCCCGAGUGCGGCUCGCCCAUUGCCCAUGAUCCCGAUGCGGCGCCGGAGAUUAUUGCUCUGAAGGCUGGCACGCUCGACAUGGAACUCAAGAAGAACCUCAAGCCGGUAGAUCCAGAGCAUGGUUUGUAUCCCAUCACCCAGAUGGUCAGCUCUCGCCAGCAUCAAUCAUGUCGACCGGCACACUCUUUGUCCACGACUCGCGCACCGAUCUCCACUACGAGAUCCCCAUCCACCGCAAUGCAGUGCGGGCAACAGAUCUCCAGGGCAUCCGCGCCCCGUCUGCGGGCGCAGACCGAGCAGACCAAGUUGCCCACGGAUUGCGAGUCCAUGACCCAGGCUUGCAAAACACCACGGUGGUGGAGUCUGCUAUCAGCUUCUCGUGAGCUUGCGGCGGCUGUGAUGCUUGCCCUCGCAGUGUUGACCAUGCCAUACAUAUCUAGUGACCAUGAGCGAGGACAUUUGCUAUUUCGUGGAUACACCCUCGAGCAGCUGCGGGACGCUGACUUUGAAGGCAUGUUCCACCUGCUGGUCUGGGGCACGUAUCCGACGACGCAUCAGAGAGCGGAACUAAGUCGGACGCUGGCUCAGCAUAUGCAAGAGAUUCCAGAUUCAGUGCAUAAAACUAUCCAGAAUUUGCCGUACGGACUUCUCACCUUUAUCCUCAUACCAUGUACCGCGUAUGCGAACCCCUACCUAUCCAGCGUGCCAGAAUCCAUCCCCGCCUCAUCAGACGCGAGCCUUUACCAGAAGAACAUUGACACUGCUGACCAUAUGAUCUUAAAAACCACUGCAGCCUACGCUGUGGUAUUCGCCGUCGUCCACUGCCACCGCAAGGGCAUUCUAUGGCAGCCCGCCUCCCCUAACCAGACCUACUACGAGAACCUAUUUACCAUGUCCUGCUUGCUAGACCAAACGACUCAACGUCCAGACCCCGUGCGGCUGGCGUGUUUCCGCCGCUUCGCCAUGCUGAACGCAGACCAUGGAAUGGCACUCUCUGUCUUCUCGACUCUCGUCACAGCAUCCUCUUUGACGGAUCCGGUCUCGUGCCUGAUGUCCGCUGUCAGUGCCGCUCAUGGCCCGCUCCAUUUCGGUGCGACCGAGUCUGCGCAGCGCGCUCUGCGCGAGAUUGGGGAUCCAUCGCGCGUUCCUGCCUUUAUCGAAGAGGUUAAAGCCGGAAAACGUAAGUUGUUCGGCUACGGCCAUCGCUCGUACAAGGGUACGGAUCCGCGCGUUCAUCCCAUUCGGAACAUUCUAAAGGAUCUGGCUCCGGAACCGAGCCCGCUUUUUAAAAUCGCCGAAGCUAUUGAGAUGGCUGCGAGCAGGGAUGAGUACUUCCUUUCUCGCGGGUUGUAUCCGAAUGCCGAUUUUUAUGGAAACUUCGUCUUCACUGGCAUGUUUGUAGACCCUCACAUAGAAGGUGUUGUGAGCGAUGUGCAGGAGGAGAUUUGGCUGAUGUUCUGCAUAGUGGGUUCGAGCCUGAGAUCAUCCCAGCGGCUAUGCUCUCGCAUCGGAUCAUGGGAAUCAUGGCCCAUUGGCGUGAAUACAUGGGUACGUACGCCACAUGGCAUGAAUCGUCCGCAAGGCUCGGUGACUUCUUUGCUGACCAUGUGUAACUAG